AUGUCUCAUUCAUCAACUCGGUGUCUCCACCCGUCCAUAUGUUCCAGCGUCUCUGCACACGCGAAAGCGGCCGGAUAUAAACAACCCACCCUGGAAGAGCGGAUAGCAGCCACAAACCACGAAUUAUAUGAAGUCAAUUUUCCAGCACCCCUGGUCCUCCCAGAGGACGAUCUCGCCCUAGAUCCAGACUACCCACCACAGAGCUUUCAGGAGUGGGUCGACGAGGAAGAUCGCAACAAGAUCACGCGUGCGAAGCGGACCGUUUAUAUAGUUGCACCGCCGCAGAUUGACGAUAGUGUUGGACCAUGGCGAAAAUGGACGCGUCCACAGAAGUCCUGCUCCGCGGCUUCCUUGACGCCCCCUAACCCAGAGGAAAUCAAAGACUACAUAGCGGCAUUUUACCACGGUCUACCCGUCAAGCUGCUCCCAAACCACAGACUACGCUUCGUUCCCUGGGAGGCGGACCAAAAACCAGGAAAGAAGACCCCAUCACACGUGGGGCUAGAAACACCAAAAGAAUGCAUCGGCAUCCGCACACGCCCGUGUCCAGACCGGACAUAUUCCCACCAGCUCAACCUCGACGACCUCCUUGACGCAGCAAUCAGCAUUCUGCCCAAGGACGCAUACGCCCUGUGCAUGCUAGUUGAUCAUGACCUCUUCGAAGACGACGACGACGAAUUUGUUUGCGGGCGCGCAUACGGAGGGAGUCGCGUCGCCGUCGUUUCCAGCGCCCGCUAUCGUCCAGACCUUGAUAUCCUUCAUUCUGCCGAGCGGGAACACGCUUGGCCGGCUUCUCAUUGCCAGCGGUAUGUGCAGGAGUGCUGCUCUUCGCAGAAGCCGGCUCGGAAGAAGGCCGCACAGAUAAAGCAACCCCCAUCGCGCGACGACCGGCUGCUGAAGGACAUUGUGGAUAUAUCCAGCUUAUCACCUGCUUCUCCUGAAGAAAAGGCGCCUCUAGGUCUGUGGCUCGCGCGGAUGUGUCGGACAGUCAGCCACGAACUGGGCCACUGUUUUGGAAUCGACCAUUGCGUGUAUUAUGCGUGUGCCAUGCAGGGCAGCGCCUCGCUGGCUGAAGAUGCGCGUCAGCCUGCGUAUUUGUGCCCGGUGGACCUGGUGAAGGUUUUGUGUGCGACUGGCUCUACCUUUCAGGACCGAGAGCGUGCAAUUGAGGAAUACUGCAAGAGGCCUGGUAAGCGAGGAGUGCCUUUUUUCGACGCACUGGCUGCGUGGUGUAAGGGAUUUUCCCAUGAAACUGAAUGA